AUGCUGACAGGCCGUCGUCAUUUGAUGCACCGUCUGCGUCAAUGCGGCGGCUUGUCGGGAUUUCUUUGUAAAAAAGAAUCUCUUUAUGAUCCAUUUGGGGCUGGCCACUCCUCCACUUCCAUCAGCGCUGUUCAGGGGAUGUACGUUGCAAAUCGACUGCAGAAAAAAGAAGAAGGCCUCUAUGUUGCUGUCAUCGGGGACGGGGGCCUCACGGGCGGCAUGGCUUACGAGGCCCUCAACGCCUGCGGGUUUCUUCGCUCCCCCAUCCUUAUUAUGUUGAAUGACAAUCAGCAAGUGUCUCUUCCUACAGGCACGAACUCCGCUGGGGGAACGGCGCCUGCCAGCGCAGUGUCUCGGCACAUGCGUCGGUUGUUGAAGAGCCGCAGCUCCCCAUCUAUAUCUCAGCAGCAGCAACAACAGCAGCAGCAGCAGCAGCAGCAGGAUGUAGCUGCUGUGCAGGCUCCGGGUCAGGGGGAGCAGGGGGUAGCUGCUUUCUUCGGUGGUUUAGGGUUUGACUACGUGGGGCCUGUUGAUGGGCACGACGUCCUAACCCUCGUCUCCAUCCUGCAGCAAAUUAAGCGCGAGGGUUUGAGUCGGCCGACGGUGCUGCAUUUGAAGACAGAAAAAGGGUUUGGAUACCCCCCAGCACUGGCAGCCCCAGACCGCAUGCACGGAGUAGAGGCAGCGCCUCACCUUGCCUUGCAUGCAGGCAGCAGCAGCAGCAGCAGCAGCAGCAGCAAGGGCUUACACGCUGCUGCAGUACGUCCUGCAGAUGCUGCUGCUGCCGCGUGGGCAGCGGAGAAAGAAAAAGACCAGCAGCAGCAACAGCAGCAGCAGAAACAGCAGCAGAAACAGCAGCAAAACCAGCAGCAGCAGCAGCAGGAAAAGGUCGCACUAUCACCAACAGCAGCAGCAGCAGCAGCAGCAGCAGCAGCACCAGGAGCAGCAGGUGCAGCAACAGCAACAGCAGCAGCAGGAGGAGGAGGAGGAGGUUCAGGACAGCAGCAGCGCGUGUCUUUGACCUCAAUAUUUUCUCGGGGUUUGCUGCAGCUUGCUGCUGCUGAUACUUCUUUAGUCUGCAUAACAGCAGCAAUGCCGGGAGGCACAGGGUUAGCACUUGUGGGGUCUUUGCUGCCGCAGCAGCUGUAUGAUGUAGGAAUUGCUGAGCAGCACGCUGCUACAUUUGCUGCUGGUCUUGCUGCUGCUGCUGCUAAACCCUUCUGCUGUAUAUACAGCUCCUUCCUACAAAGAGCCUACGACCAAAUCAUACAUGAUGUUGCUAUUCAAAACCUACCCGUCAGUUGCGUGUCGCUCCUCGUGAAUGUGGGGUUUAUAGUAGACCGCGCAGGGUUAGUAGGGGCGGACGGAAGCACUCAUCAGGGGGCCUUCGAUUUAUCUUUUCUUAGCAACGUCCCCAACUUUACUGUGAUGGCGCCCAGCGAUGAAUACGAACUCCUCCGCAUGCUCAAAACGGUGUAUCUGCUGAAUUCUGGCCCUUCUGCGCUUCGCUUCCCGCGGAGCUCUUGCUUCGGUCUUGAAACCCUCAACAGCAAACUUGGACACAACCUUAAGGAGCUUCCGCUUGAGGCGGAGCCCUUACCCAUCGGGAAGGGCCGCAUCAUCUUACGCGCAAACCCUAAUGCUAAGUACAAGGUGGCGCUGCUGUCUAUCGGCACUCUUCUUCUUGACGCGGUAAAUGCAGCAGCAAUUCUGCAGCAGAUAACAUCACUUCCACAACCCGAGCAAGCAGCAGCAGCAGCAGCAGCAGCAGAAGCAGCAGCAGCAGCAGCAGAAGCAGCAGCAGCAGCAGAAGCAGCAGCAGCAACAGCAACAGCAGCAAGAAGAGCAGCAGGAACAGCAGUAGCGCCCUCAGCAGCAGCAACAGCACCAACAGCAGCAGCAGCAGCAGCAGCAGCAACAGUAGCAAAAGGAGAUCCUUUAAUUGGUGUUACAGUAGCAGACGCCCGCUUCUUGAGACCCUUAGAUGCAGAUUUGCUGCUGCAGCUUGCUGCUAAUCAUGACGUGCUGCUGCUGCUAGAAGAAGGUGCAGCAGGAGGGUUUGGAAGCAAAGCGCUGCAGCACUGGAGUGUAUACGCUGAUGCUGCAGCUAGAAAAUGCAGAGUAAGAACAUCAAACCCUAAACCCUAA